AUGAGGAGUGUUACAGACGGGCGCGAACAGAGUGGCGUGGCGGCUCCCAAAACGGGUGAUCGUCAUUCUCGACGCGCUUCCACGCCGCCCCCCCCCCCCCCCGCUCAGCAUGUCCGACACGCAAAUGACCACCAUCGCCCCCAAGGUCGAGGAGGAGACCGCCGGCCCCGUCUGCGAGGCCGUGAUGAUGCAGCAGCCCGUGAUGAUGCAGCAGCCCGCGAUGAUGCAGCCCCAGGUGAUCAUGAUGGGGGGUCAGCAAUUCAAGACCCCUCCGGAGUGCUGCUUCAAGUGCUGCUGCCCCAUCUGCGCCGUCGUGUCGCACGAGGGCUGCGGCGGCCCCGCGAUCUUGGCGCUCUUCCUCGGCUGCUUCUUCACGAACUGCUGCUGGGCCCCGGCGCGCAUCCCGCUCUAAGCGGCGCGCGCGGCGGACGAAGUUCGAACGGUGCGGUGAUUCGCGAGCGAGAAACGUCGAGCCCUAUUCUACGAUCUUGGAAUCGGAAAAAAAAUAUCUUUGCGCGUCCGUGUUGGGAGACGAGGAGUGAUCAUUUUAGAUGAGCUAGGAGACGUGAAGCCUGAGCACAGGUCGAUGACGGGUUUAGCCUGUCGCAUUAUCUAGCGGUGUAAUUUAAUCCGGAGAGCAGACCAAACCGCGACGGACGGCGAUCGG